CGAGUGCAGGGAUCUGGUGAGCCCGGAUCAGAGCAGUCGCUGUCGUCACAGAAUCAGGCUGGUAUGCCAACUGAAAAUAUGUUUACCACCAGUAAGGACGAAGACAAAAAAUUCGAGGUAUUCCCAGAAGCGGCUAUGAAGAGUGGUCCCAUCUAUAGAACAGCUCCGAAAUACGAGGCUGGUGCCUAUCGAUUCCAUGCGAUUACUGGCCAAGUACUCCACCAACGGCUUCAGACUUGUCGAGAUUUACAACAGCAAAAUAUAAUCAAUCUCCAGCCUUUACAAUCACAACUCACCGAAGCUUAUGGGCUCAGUCAGUGUCCUGAUAAUCCAGCAGCGAUUAUCUCUGAAUGUGGUGAUUCCGUACCGUGCCAGUAUGACUACACUACACUCAAUGCAAAGGUGAUGGGUGUGAAGAUCAAGGAAGAAUGGAACGUGUUCACCACAGAGCGGAUCGACGCGACAAGAUUCUAUAACAGUUGCGGACCAAUCAAUAUUGAAUAUCCGGAAUACUUGACGAAAACGUCGUCAAUGUAUUCGGCCUACAUGCAAGGAGAUGUGGCGCGAUUUGAAUGUGUUCAAUCACACUGGAUUAAAGGUGUCAACGAAUACAAAUGCGGAAUCGUCGUUGACUACAAUCGUCCGAAUGAGUAUCGCUUUGAAUGGAACAAAGGCGAACAACCAUGGUGUCGAUCACGUGAAAAAGAAAACUUCUUCAUUUGGCUCAGUGCCAUCUUAGGAACGAUUGCUAUAAUUAUGGUGAGUAUUUGGAAAUGA